AUGCCGAGUAGGAAUGAGAUCGUGCCGCUGGAAGCAGCAAUGUCCGCUACCGAAUGUUCGGAACCAGAUACACGACCAGGUCCGGGAGUAGUGACUGUACCAGUGUCACCAAAAUCCAAAAUGAAACAUUUCGACAGCAAGGCAAAAGCUACUACUGCAGAAAUGGCGUCAGUACAGGAACGACGGAUGAUACUCGUACAAGCACAGCGACGACACACAGCUUUCCAGGUUUUCUACGGCUUUUGUGGUCUGGCACUUAUGAUGUUGCAGAUGGAGUAUAUGUGGUUCGCCAAUACACGGACUUUACCCGACUUGUGCCCGGUGGAAUCGACAACACAGUGUCCGCUCUGCUUUGAGGCUUUAGACACAAAUGUACCAGUGAGCGAAGGUCGGAUGGUUUUACUGUCACUGCGAGUGCUUAUUUCCUUCUCCACAGCACUCAUGCUGUACUAUAUCUAUCUCUACUACGCAGCAGAAUGCGAAGUCAUGAAACUCAAGAAUAUUAUGCCACCAAAGGCGACGUUGCUGAGCUCUUCGUUGCGACACUCGCUGCUCAUUGAAAUGGCCGUACUAGGUGUACAUCCAUUCCCCGGAAUUGAGGACGUGGAUCCGAAAUGGCCUCAACUAACGGUGGCCACCAGCCUCGUAAUGUUCACGCGGGUGAUUCUCAUAAUUCGAGUGGUGCAGUUCCGUAACGCGUUCAAUUCGAGCAACGGAUGGUUCAUUGGAGCGCUCACUAAUGUCGAUUUUACCGCAACUUUCUUCAUGAAAUCGACACUAAAGAAUCAUCCUACCACAUGUCUGAUAACAAGCUUUACUGUUCUUGGGUUCGUUGCUGGGUAUUCAAUGUACGUGGCGGAGCGCUUCUUAUGUGCUUUUAAAGCGGAUUCCUGCUGUCAACCCAUGUUACUUGGCGACGCGAUUUGGAUGCUUAUCAUCACAAUUCUCACCAUCGGAUACGGUGACGUCGUACCGCGCACAACUCUUGGUCGUGGCAUAGCAGUAAGUGCCGGAGUCUUCGGUACUCUCUCCGCUGCAGUGACUAUCGCAGUCAUGAGUAACUAUUUAGUACUUACACGGUCGGAGCACAAAGUCAAUGCGUUCCUCAAGAAAGACGAACAUCGACGGCUAAUAAAUGAUCAUGCGGCUCGAGCACUGCAGGCGUUUGCACAGCUUCGAGCAGCACAACGUCGACAUAACCGAGCUGCCUCACUAGAAGGAGGCGAAAGUAGUCACGGUAACAUUUCGACAACGGAGGUUCAUGAGGACAAAGCGACAGGAACCAGCGGUACGAAACGAGCCCUGCGUCGAGCGGAGCUCAAAUUGUUCACAGUGCUGGCAAAGUAUCGGCAAGUAAAGAGACGAGUGCACUCUCAUGAUGUCAGUGAUCCCAUGGAUUCACAAAUGACCAUGCUGGAAAUGAUGGAGGUUAACGUUGAGUACAUCCGCGCGAAGAUUGAGGAAUUGUCCGAGCUUUUCUUGGUCCAAAAUGGAGAUCGAUCGCGUAGUAAACGCAAUCUUAGUAACUUAAUAGCUGCCGCUACCAUCCCGGAGUCAUCACCGCCAUUAAGCGGGGGAGGUGGUUCAGUAUCAUUACCAAGCACCAGCAGUUCAAUUACACUUUUACAACAGCUACAGCAACAACCGAACCAACUGCAGUGGUCACUUCGACAGCCUCAACAACAAUCAUAUCAGCCUCGACAGGAGGCACCAACCUCACAAGAAAUACCCAGUAAUUCUACAGCCAACGAGGCACCUAACGUUGGCUCUAGUUCUACCCAAGCCGCUACCUCAUCGUCCGAAAAUGUUCCGCCUUGGGCCGUAAUGCUGGAGUUGACACUUCAAAGUCUCCUGGAGCAAGUAUCUCGAGUAUCAGGAGAAGUGGAAGUCAUGAAAGCUCGUAUGCACGCACACUCUGAAAGCCUCGAAAGUCGAAUAAUGAACCUUGAGAAGCGUCUAGUAGUGUCCGAUGCAUUGAAGGAGAUGUCGAGGACUCGGAGUUCCACACGAAACCUCCUUCUUCGUGCAUUAAAGACGAGCGAUGAUGGACCAACUGCUGGUAGUAAUCCCCCUUCACCGCGUUUACGACGUGUAAGCGCCACCGCCUCACAUCGGCCAUCCGUACACAACUUUGUGACAGCGUCCGAGUUGCUCGAGUUCCAAACAACAAACGAUGGGCAAGGCAAAGGAUGACAAG